GCAAGGGGCAGGAGGCGGAGAGCUUUGCAGCCCCGGUCCCAGGCCUGACAUGGCACCCGGGAAGCCUGGGAAGAGCACGGGGGCCUCAGAGGACCCCUCAGUUACGCUUUUCCGGGAGUACCUGAGGAUUGACACCGUUCACCCCAAACCUGACUAUGAUGCGGCUGUCCGGUUUCUGGAGCGUGUUGGCACCGACCUGGGCUUGGCCUGCCAGAAAGUGGAGGUGUGCCAGGGCCGCGUGGUGCUGAUCCUGACCUGGCAGGGCACGAACCCCCGCCUGCGCUCCGUCCUCCUCAACUCCCACACCGACGUCGUGCCCGUCUUUGAGGAACACUGGACCUACCCACCCUUUGAGGCCGUUAAGGACUCGCAAGGCAACAUCUAUGCCCGGGGUGCCCAGGACAUGAAGUGUGUCUCCAUCCAGUACCUCGAGGCCAUCCGGAGGCUGAAGGCAGAGGGAAAGUGUUUUGCCCGCACCAUCCACCUCACCUUUGUGCCUGAUGAGGAGGUGGGCGGACACAAAGGCAUGGAGAUGUUCGUGCAGCGCCCCGAGUUCAGAGCGCUCAACGUGGGCUUUGCCCUGGACGAGGGCCUGGCCAGCCCGUCCGACACCUUCAGCGUCUUUUACGGCGAGAAGAGCCCGUGGUGGAUAAAGGUGAAGUGCGUGGGCAGCCCCGGGCAUGGGUCCCGCUUCAUCAGCAACACGGCGGCCGAGAAGAUGCACAAAGUCAUCAACUCCUUCCUGGCCUUCAGGGAGAGCGAGAAGCAGAGGCUCAAGUCCGACUCAAGCCUGACCCUAGGGGACGUCACCUCGCUCAACCUGACCAUGCUGGAGGGGGGUGUCUCCUUCAACGUGGUGCCUUCUGAGAUGGCGGCCAGCUUUGAUGUCCGCAUCCCACCCACUGUGGACUUGAAGGCCUUCGAGGAGCAGGUGGCCGCAUGGUGCCGGGGUGCUGGGGAUGGCGUCACCUAUGAGUUUCACCAGAAAUGUAUGGACCAACACAUCACCUCCACCGAGGAGUCGGACCCGUGGUGGAAAGCCUUCAGCGGGGUCUGCAGGGACAUGAAGCUGCAGCUCAAGCUCGAGAUCUUCCCGGCCGCCACCGAAAGCCGCUACAUCCGAGCGGCAGGACACCCCGCUAUCGGCUUCUCGCCCAUGAACCGCACCCCGGUGCUGCUCCAUGACCACAACGAGUUCCUCAACGAGCAAGUUUUCCUGCGGGGCAUCGACAUCUAUGCCCGCCUCCUACCUGCCCUGGCAUCGGUGCCCCCUCUACCCGCCGAGGGCUGAGCGUCCCGGCGAGGGGCAGGAUGGGGGGGUGCCAAGCAGCAGGACACAAGGCUUUAAAAACAGGGCAAGGGGUGGGCACAGCAAAUGCCUGCAUGCCAGGGGCCCAGGUGGCAUCAUGCCAUGUUGGCUGUGCUCAGGGCUGGCCCGAUGGUGAUGCCUGUGCUGAGUGUCCUGGCUGUGCCCUCAAAAUCUGGGUCCCAGCCACCCCCCUUGGGGUUGUGUCCCCCUUGCCUGGGUGCCACCAGAGCCCUGUGCCCGGGUGCCUCCUGCCUUUCCCGGUGUCAGCAAUGCCUCCUCCUGUCCCCGUGCCACCUCCGGCUGUGCUGGCUGUGGGGUAAGGGGCUGGCUGGUGCCCGACUCUGCCUGCCCACGCCUCAUCCUGCCUCCCUGCUCGCUUGCCGGGAGAGCUGGGGCCAGUGCCCCCCAUCCUCCACGUGCAAGUCAAUAAAUCUCCUUGGUAAGCACG